GUUGAGUCGAGUCUAUUGUCGUCAGCUUGUAUUCUGCGUUUCACGUGUGGUUCUGUUGUACAUCAUGGUUGCUUCUUUGCCUCACGAUGGCUUCACGAACGAAUUCAUGAUCUGGGCACCCACAACUUCGCCAUCGUCCUCCGUCCGCUUGUUGGUCUCCGAAAUGGUUUUGGUCGGUCUUUCGUGCUGAAUGCUGUACCAGGUAGCGGUACCGGUACAGAGACGAGUGUCAAUAAUUAUUAAAUAGUCUUGUUGGCUUCUCAUUUUGGUACGACUGACUGUUAGCACACUGUUAUGCAACGGUCAGCGUGACCACAAGCCUUCUUAAAUCCAAUUGGUUGUCAGUGGUACCGGUGUCCCGGUAUCACUUGCGUCAUCAUUUCCGAUGACUAUGCGUAAAACUGGACCCACAAAGUUUGAGUGCCACCACAAAAAAACGUUGUUUGUAGUCUACCCUGGCACGACAACAAACCAAAAGGAGCCAUCUGCCGUCCAACUCACCGGCAUCGAGCCUUCGAUGGGAAUAGCACGAGUGUAGAGGCUGCUUGUCAUCCCCUCUGCUGUGUUUGUGUCGCGCUACUAGUACCCCCGAAAAGGACGUCGGUAUUGAAUUCUCUUUUUUUGUUGCCGCCCAAGGCAAAGGCAAACCAUGGAUGCCACUGUUGGUUCAUCGGGGGUCAGCGUAGUGGGCGAUGUAUACGAGGACGCUUGUGACCUUGGACAAUUCUUUUUGAAUCCGUGUUGGUAUGUGUUUGUCAAAGUCGAGAAACUGCUGAAAGAACGGUCCCAGCGACAUCAGUCCUCCGACGGUACGAGUGGCUCCUCAAGCGACCCAAGUUCUGACAACAGCCUCGACGACGGAGGAACCAGGACACGCAAGACCAAGUUCCUCUCCAACAUCCAACAAAUAUUCUAUUUGACGACCUUUUAUGUGUGCUGGGCAGUCAUAUUUUCUCGAGCCUACCCGUUGAUACACAAUAGUCAACACGUAUCCAACUAUCACAUGGCUGUUGGAUACGUCAUCUUUGCUUCUUGCGUAGCCAGCUGGAUAGGGGCCAAGACUGUCGGCCCAGGAUCCAUUACCGCCGAAACCAUCUGGAAGUACGACAACUAUAGCUAUGAUGGGAUAUUGUAUCGAGCAACCAACAACACAUGUCCUACACUGAAAAUACGAAAAUUGGCAAGGAGCAAGUACGAUCGAUUCUCCCAAACCCAUGUACCGAGGUUUGACCAUUACUGUGGGUGGCUUGGGAAUACUAUUGGAGAAGAAAACUAUCGGUAUUUUCUGGCCUUUGCAAUGAUUCACGCCGUGUUGUUUACCUACGGAGCCAUAAUACUUCUCCAUCUACUUUGGACAAGCGCACCUCAUUCUCCCAACACCAUGGACAAGUUGGUGGCUAGUUUUUGGUCUGUGGACAUCCGGGUUGCUGCUGUGGCUUUGGUCUGCUUUGUUCUUGCCUGCCCAGUACUUGAGUACACCCGCUUCCACCUCACCCUAGUGAAGAGAGGACAGACUACCAAUGAACACUACAAGUGGAAGGAGAUCCUGCAGCAAGAGUCUUUGCCAGUCAGGAGCACAGAAGAAGACACCGAGUGCCCCCCUACUGGUGACCCAAAAGACACGUCUGGUGCAGUGGGUACACCGCAGGGUUAUUACAACCUUGGCCUGGCUGGCAACAUCAAUGAGGUGUUGUUCCCUCGCUCUCUUCGGGGUGAGUUCAACAAGGAAUCAUAGCUAGUAGCUACUGUAGUCAAAAAGAAUGAUGUUGGCGGUAGAUUGAAGAACUACCGGUACUGUUGACGUGCCCGCCAAUCCAAAAUGAACAACUAGACUUCAUGUGACCUUUGGAACAGAACAAGCAAGCCAAUGGAACCAGCAUGUUGUCAAUUCAACAUUCAAAGUCGUCUUCAGUGAAGCAGUCAAAAUGACAGCCCUGAACCCUUGCUUAUUAGAAAUAUCGUGCACAAGCGACUCCGUCAUUAAAAGCAACAGUCGUCAACAGGAGGCUGGCUACACGACAACUUGCUCGCACCGGUACCGGUAGUACCUGGCAUUGUCUUGAUUGAAUCUUCAAUCUAACAUGAUACACUGUAGUCCUGUCAUGAAAACCGGAACAUUGUACCCAGGCUACCGCUACAGGAAAACCGGAACAUUGGAUGGUGCUGCUUCCAUGUACUGGUACAGUACCGUUACCGCCAGCAACGAUCCUUCCUCCACCCGAGCUGGUCAUUUUUAUAUUUAUUUCGAGAGCCAGCCAGCACCAUAGCCGUUAACAACUGCGCGGCCGGCCAAAGCCCAAAGCCCAACGAUUAUCCCUUUGAAUUCCGCGCGAUAGUCUACUCUAGCUAGCCAUGCUACUGGUACCGUACCGGCUACCAUUGGUACGUGUACCGGUACAGGGAAGACCGGAUUAGAAGGGUAGUUGCGGUAACUAAAGGGUUAAAGUAACAUUUACUCUGCAUUUUUGUUUCAAAAUUAUAUUUUACCGUAACUACCUGAUUUCCAAAGUGGUCUUCUGAUGUGCAUGCAAUAUGGUACUGUACCGGUACCGGUACCGUCCCUGCCUCCCAGCUUAAUAGGAACUGUGGCCGUUGACAAAGCCCCAA